AAGUGCGCAGAAAUUGAUUUUUCCUCCAAAACAAUCGAUUUUGCUGCAUUCAGUGACGUGUGUUUAGUGAAAGUGACUCCAAAUCUGAUUUAGAGGGAUCCAGCGAGGUGUUUUGUUAGGCAGUGAAGGAAUAUCAAUAUCCCAAUCGUGGCAGACAGCAUCAAGACGCAGAGUAAGAUUCACCCAAGCCCUGGGGCAGCUCGCAAUGUGUGGGCCCUGCCCCUCACAGCUUGUGGGAUGGUGACGGAGGAGAAUAGGGAUGCUACCACCACUCCCACUAAUGACAAGGACAAUAACAUCCUGGAGGAGGCGUCCAGCACGGAGGACAUCUUCGACGUGAUCAAAAACGGAGAGGUGUCCGAUGUGGAAAAUCUGGUGGAGAAGCUGGGGGCAGAGACCCUGUCUGCGCGGGAUAAGCACGGGUACACGCCAGCUCAUUGGGUGGCCCUGGACGGAAAUGCCGAGAUGAUGCGGUAUCUCGUGGAGAGGAACGCUCCUGUUGAUCUGCCAUGCCUGGGCACUCAAGGACCGCGGCCUAUUCACUGGGCUUGCCGCAAAGGCCACACUGCAGUUGUGCAGGUUCUCCUGCUGGCCGGAGUGGCAGUGAAUGCGGCCGACUUCAAGGGUCUCACUCCGCUGAUGACGGCCUGCAUGUACGGUAGAACAGCCACGGCGGCUUUCCUCCUCGGAAUGGGCGCUCACAAUCAUCUCACGGACAUCAAUGGAGACACAGCACUUCACUGGGCCUCAUAUAAGGGCCACGCAGAGCUUAUUCGCUUGCUAACCUAUUCUGGAGUGGAUCUCCAGAAGACCGACAACUUUGGCUCUACGCCUCUACAUUUGGCUUGCCUGUCAGGGAAUCUCCUGUGUGUCCGUCUCUUGAGUGAGAAAAGUAACUUGGAUCUCGAGCCGAAGGACAAGAACGGCAAGACUCCACUCAUGCUGGCCCAGAGCCAUCAGCACAGCGACGUGGUGAAACUGCUGAAUAACGAAAUCAAGAAGAAAUCUCGCUGGUUUCCGCCCAUCUCUGAACUCUGGGGGCUUCUCUUCGGCGGCGCCGGCAAUUCCAAGGGUCCACUGCUUCUCUUCGUGUGCUCUGUACUGCUCUGGGGCUAUCCCAUGUAUAUGAUAAGGUGCAUUCCCAUAACUUGGAACAUUCUGAGGAGGUCGCACUACUGCUUCAUAUACUGGAACGCUGUGAUGUGGAUCAGCUGGAUAAUAGCAAACCGCCGGGAUCCCGGAUACAUUCCAUUGAAUGCCGAUUCCUAUUAUCGCGCCAUCAAGCAGAUCCCCUACUUCGACAAGUGGAAGAAGCGCAACGUCUUCCUCUCGCGCCUCUGCCACAGCUGCCGCUGCCUUCGUCCGCUGCGCGCCAAGCACUGCAGGAUUUGCAAUCGCUGUGUAUCCUAUUUCGACCACCACUGCCCGUUCAUCUACAACUGCGUGGGACUGCGCAAUCGCAUGUGGUUCUUCCUGUUCGUGCUCAGUGUCGCCAUCAACUGCAGCUUCACGAUCUACUUCGCGUGCUAUUGCGUCAUGAUCGAGGGCUUCACGCUGCUCUACGUCCUGGGACUGAUGGAGGCUUUUCUGUUCUGCGGCCUCGGCUGGAUUCUUACGUGCACAUCCAUCCUCCACGCCUGCAUGAAUCUCACCACUAAUGAGAUGUUUAACUACAAGCGCUACCCUUACUUGAGGGACAAACGGGGCAAAUACCAAAACCCCUUCUCGCGUGGACCAGUGCUGAAUUUGUUUGAGUUCUUCGUCUGCCUUCCGGACCGGAUUGACGAGAGCGAAAUAAAUGUGGAUGAUAAUCUCUGAUAACAAUUGCAGCGCGAAAUAGCAUUGAUGAGGUUUAUUUUAAAUGAUCUUUCAUCAAAAUCUCUAAUUAUUCACUUGAUUGUACAAUGUUAAGAUUAUUUCCCAAAAGUGCUUUAACAUACCAUAUGGAAGAGAAAAUUGUUGAAUAAGAAGCUUGUAGCUUUUAGGUUUUUAAACUUAAUAUACUGCUUUGUGCAAGUUUAUACGCAAUACUGAAUCCGACCAACAAUGCUAAAUUAAUUUUAAAGACACUAAUUCGGCAUUCCUCAAUCACAUGAUAAGGAUACAAACUGAAUAUAAUUAAUAAUCACUUUAGUUUAUUGCUAUAUUUUAUAUUAACACUUGCAAAUAAAUGUUUUCUCC